GAGUGAGCAUGGUGUCCUGGCGGCGGAGGCCGGGGCCCGGCCUGGCGCGGCUGUGGGGCUUGUGCUGCCUGGUGCUGGGCUGCUGGCCGAGUGCGCUGGGCUGCCCCGCGUCCUGCGGGUGCAGCUCCUGGCGGAUCUGGUGCACGGGAUCGUCGCCGGGCAUCGCCUCCUUCCCCGUGCCGCAGAGGAGCGCCGAGGGCGACAAUGUUACCGAGAUUUACAUCGCAAACCAGCCAAAUUUGGAAAGUAUCAAUGACAAUGAGGUUGGAUUUUAUGUUGGACUUAAAAAUCUGACUGUGGUGGACUCAGGCCUAAGAUUUGUGUCCCGUCAUGCAUUUGUGAAAAACGUGAACCUACAAUACAUCAAUUUAUCCAGAAACAAGCUCUCAAGUUUGUCCAAGAAGCCUUUUCGCCAUCUGGGUUUGUCUGAUCUGAUAUUGGUGGAUAAUCCAUUCAAGUGUUCCUGUGAAAUCAUGUGGAUCAAGAAAUUUCAAGAGACCAAGUUUUACACAGAAACUCAGGACUUAUAUUGCAUAGAUGAAAACAAUAAGAAGACAGCCUUGCUGGAUAUGAAGGUCCCGAACUGCGAUUUGCCCUCAGCAAACUUAAGCAAUUACAACAUCACCGUGGUGGAAGGAAAGAGCAUUACGCUGUACUGUGAUACUACUGGCGGGCCACCCCCUAAUGUGUCCUGGGUGGUAACUAAUCUUGUUUCAAACCAUGAGAGUGACACAAAUAAGAACCCUGCCUCUCUCACCAUCAAGAAUGUCUCAUCAAUGGACAGUGGACUGGAGAUUUCCUGUGUAGCAGAGAACAUUGUGGGAGAGGACCAAGCCUCUGCUGAGCUUACGGUAUUCUUUGCACCAAAUAUCACAUUUAUUGAGUCUCCGACUCCGGACCACCACUGGUGUAUUCCAUUCACUGUGAAAGGGAACCCUAAGCCCACGUUGCAGUGGUUCUACGAAGGAGCUGUACUGAAUGAGUCUGAAUACAUCUGUACUAAAAUACACGUUAUCAAUCAAAGUGAAUACCAUGGCUGCCUUCAGCUGGACAAUCCUACACACCUGAAUAAUGGUGCUUAUACCUUACUGGCAAAGAACGAUUAUGGAGAGGAUGAAAAACGGGUUGAUGCUCAUUUCAUGUCAGUGCCUGGAGAUGGUAAUGGCCCAAUUUUGGAUCCAGACGUUUAUGAGUAUGAAACCACACCUAAUGAUCUUGGAGAUGCCACAAAUAACAGUAAUCAAAUCACUUCAACGGAUGUUUCCAACAAAGAGAAUGAAGAUAGCAUCACUGUGUACGUUGUUGUGGGAAUUGCAGCACUGGUGUGCACGGGCUUAGUAAUAACCCUCAUUAUUCUGAAGUUUGGAAGGCAUUCUAAGUUUGGGAUGAAAGUUCAUGGUGAAGUAAAAGGAGUUGGUCUGGUAGAUCAAAUAUGGCUUUCAUUGCAAGACUGCGACAAUGAAGAACAAGUAAUGGUGGCUGUCAACAGUGAUGUACAUAAUAACUCAACUGCAUCAGAUAACAACAGACUAGGUUUUGUUUUAUUUCAUAAGAUCCCACUGGAUGGGUAAAUGAAAUAAGGAAAAGAUGAGAGAGGGGCUGUUGAGCUUGUGGAAACUGUGUGCUGCACUGUAGGGAGUGGACAGUGUUCUUGCCCAAUGAAGUGCCACCUCCCAUGGAUUUCUCUUUUAAACAUUGGUUAUGUUUGGAGAACUAUACAUUCAAAUCAGUAGCUGUUUUUCCAAGAGCAGGGAAAGGUGAAGCCCUGAGGCAGCUAAAAAACUCAAGAAAUUCCAGAAAUAAGCUACCACACUCUUUCCUAUUGCCUUGUCCUCACUGUGUCUUCCAAAAUGACAUUGAAAUGAAAUUAUAUUGUUUCCUCUGUCAAUUUUUUUUCUGUUCGAAUAACUGGAAAGAUGUUGUUUUUAUAAAUAAUAUUUAUCAAAGGUGAACUGCAAAGCUGCUUUUGUUUUAUUGAAUUAACAUCUCUGCAAAAAUUUCUACAAUGCUUAGUUUGAGUGUGUGUGCAAGCUCACUGAUUUCUGUGGAAAUGCUCACAUCCUUAAAGUUAAGUUCUUGUAUAUUUGCAGGAUAUGGUCUUAACUCCUGAAGCAGUAAAUUGCAGAGCUGGCCCUGCAAAUCUUAUGUAUGUAGUUCCACUGACUUUACCAGGAAGAUGGGGAGUCUAAGUUGUAUACAGAAAGGUGGCAGUACUGUUUGCUGUGUUUGGGUAUUGAACCGGUGCCAUCAGUUAGACAUUCCAUCAGGUUGUGCUUACUCAAGAUAGCCCCUAAGCUUGAAUAAGCACACAAAUCUAUAGUAGGCCAGAUGCUGAUUCUGAGCCAAGAGCAAGAAGAACAAUGUGGCUGGUCCUUCAGAUGUAGACUUAGAGGCUUGUUUAACUGUCCAUAUUUAACUGUGAUGUAUGCUUCAGAAUGUGCUUCACAAUACUGCAGAGAAGAGUCUACUGUAGCAAGUAAAGCCAAAUGAAGGCAUGAGCAUAUUUCAAGAGCAGGGCUGCAUUUAGAUAUAGUACUAGAAAUUAAUUUUCAUUUGAUUUAUGUAUCAAAUCCUGAGGGUCUACUUUGAUCUGGUUUUCCAUUUAGGGAAUUUUAAGUAUGAAGUUUCAGGGUUUUUUUUUAACUGAGAGUUAGCUACAAAGACUAGUAGUGAAAGACUGAGGUAGAUGCUUAUGUUCCUGUGUAUUCUUGUUGAAUUUUUGAGAUAUGAUUUGAAUUUAAUUCCUUACAACUAUGUUUAGUGAAAUAGAUGGUAUUAUUUUGUCCCUAAUGUAUUUGCUUUUCAUUGUUGCCUGUUUUUAAUUUUACCCAUUUUCACUCUUCCAUUGUAACACUAUUGCCUUUUCUUUUACUGCAGUCUUUUAAGGCCAUACACCCUCCCUCUCUUGCUACAGUACUGUCUUGGCUCUUUAAUUCUGUUUCUGUGUAUUUACUUGCUUUUUGCCUUCUAAGACUCUUAAUCCUUAAACUUUUUUCUUGUGUUCUCUUGAAUCUCUUGCAUUCAAGUUCUUUAUUCCUGCUGUGCUCAAGUUUCAGAAAUAUCCUUAUUAGUCAAGACAUGUGUCCACAUUUGCAUACUUCUAGGCCUAUAUAGGGAGAUGCUUCCUUUCCCUUUCCACUAGUUAGGGAAGGGGAGAUGCAGUCGCUAAAAAUCUGUCCCAAAGAUGUAUUCUGCUCCCCACAUUAAAGAAGAGGACAGAGCUGAAAGUUUACUGAUGACCUAGGAAUCGUGUUGUCUUUGUCGCCCUGCACAUACUGUGGUGAUUUGGGGAGGGAUGGCAGCAAUUAAGGAUAUCCAUCAUAGUUCCUGUUUGAAGUUAGAUGUCAUCAAGUGCUCUGCUGUUCCUGAGAAAGAGUAUUAUGAAUGUCUGCCUUUUUUCCUCCCUAAGUCUGUGUCUUAUAAGACAUGGUUUUAUUUUCCAGAACUCAUAACUUUCUCUUCUGCUUACUGACUUAUUUUACCUUCCUUUUAAUUAUUUUCUUCUUGGGCUUCUUGUUUAUCCAUGAAUUUGUCCUCCUAUUGAAAUAGUAUCUGAUAUCACAGAGGUGAUUCUAAAUCAGUAGACAAUCAUCUAGUGGCAAUAUUUGAGCUAAAGUCAGUGGACUUACAUCAAACAAAUAUUGGAUCUUGAGCAGAGCUUGACCCAGUAGCCCAAAUUCCAGUUUGAUGUUUUGCUGGGACAAAGUCAGCAUGUUUCAGUUAUGUGUUCACAAUUUAUUGCCAAAUUAAUGAAGUGAGAAUCUGAACCCUUUUCUUUUGGCAGGGAAAAAGCAAACUUGCAAAGCUGGAAUUUGGCAGUUGACUUUUGAAAUAUUUAAUUUAAAAAAGUAGUUCUUUCUGGUUCAUAAUAUUUAUAUGCAUAAAUAUGCACAGUUAUUGAUUGGGGAUUUUACAUAAUUUUUUUGUAAUUUAUUUUAUAGCACUUUGCAGUUCAUCUUUAUCGGAUAGACGUAGGUUUGACCUUCAAAUGUUUCAGACUGUACUGACACAGUAUUUUGGAUUUUAUGUAAUCAUGGAGGUACUUUAAUAAACAACUGAUCUAUGCACCACUGAAAUAUAUAUAUAUAUUUUUAUAUCUGUAUUGUAGAAUAUCCUUCUUACAUAUUUUGUACUACAUUAUGUUAUACACUCAGUACAUUAUUACUUGAUGCAGAUAUUCACAGAACGUUAUGGAUUACAGCACGUGAUUUGUUACUAAUAAUGUCUUAGCGCAGACGUUUAAUGCUUGAUGGAAAAAGACUACAUGUUCCUACAAUGUUUUUUUCAGUAUGUGGACAGAGCCUCUUAAAGCUAAGGGAGCUAAACUUUUAACAUGGAAGUUAUGACACCCACUAGCUUCUGUCUUUCAGCUUGAUUGUAAGUGACUUUGCUUGUAACUGUAGAGAUUCUGAUCUGCCCAAAUGGUGUUGGUUUACAAAGGGCUCACUGAAUUACAAAUCCUAGACCUCCUUAAAAUAAAGUGAGACUGAAACUAAAAAUCUUACAGGAACCAUUAACAUGGUAAAAAUUUAUGAACAUCCAGGAUUUGACAUUAAAAAGUUUUUAUAUUGUUUUACUGAGCAAUAAAAAAAGGCUAUGAAAUGUCUAAAGGCAGAGUUGCUAUUUUUUUUCUCUGUGCCAGACAUGAAACUAAAAUAAAAGCAUAUUUCUAAGGUUCUGCUAGAAGGGGUUUAUUUGUACUAGAAUUUAUUUUAGAUGGACAUUUAAUAUGCUCAGAGACACGUUGAGAUAAGCUGUUGAGCAGUGUGAUGGACAGAUUAGUUUGGGGCCUGGAGAGGAAGCACUGCUGGGGGUGUUGUGGUGUGAGGCAAGUCAUGUCAUCCAGUCUGUUAAAUAAACUUGUUCUGUUGAAUGUGAUGGAAGUUUGACCAGUGGCCAGGACUAUGUUGCAAAGAAGUGCACUGUUCCCAGGCAGAGGUCAGAGCUGUGCUUGCUACAGCUGCCCAUCAUGAAAAGUGAGGUGGGAGCAGUUGCAAAAUGUCUGUUCCUGAAGAAAGCUGUCUAGGGACCAUCUCUUUUUUAGUGGGAGUCCUGGAAGCUCACAGCCAGGGCAGAGGCUACUAUGAAACAUUUUCAUGGUAAUAUGUGUCUUGGCUGCUGUAACCUGUGAAAGGCAGUCUUCAUCCUUUCCACUGCCUUUGUCUACCAGCUGGACCUCUCCCAGGCAGCAGUGAAGCAAAACAUGCAUUUUAGAGGGAGCAAGAUCAAGAUCCUUGGAAACAGCAGACAGUGCCAAGAAAACCUGUGGACAGCUAGUUGAAAACAAUUUUACUUCAAAUAGUUCUAAUGGGGAUUGUUUUUCUUUUUUGACUGUUGGAAGAAGGACUAAAAAUAAUUUUUUUUCCUAAGAAAGCAAAUUUCUAAGCCUGGUUUUUCAAAAACUAUAAAACAUAUGGAAUUCUGCCAUAUGAAAAUGACCCAUACACUUCCAAGUGGCUCUUUAAACAGAAGCCUUCAUGCAAAGUUUGUCAAUCCCUUUACCCAGUUGUCUGUGUUAAAUUGACACCUAAUCAUCACUAUGAAGGCCAUAACUUUGUUUUCAUCUAUUUUAAUGCUUAAAACUUGCAAAUGGUUUGUGAAGUUGAA